AUGAAGCAAAUAACCACAAGUGCAACCACUAGUCCAAGUUGUUGUAGGAACAAUUAUAAGAUGAAUAGAGAUUCACAUUCAAUAUCCAAAUUGAAGCCAAAAAUACGAAUAAUUCAUAUAAUAGCACCAGAGAUUAUCAAAACAGACGUAGAGAAUUUUCGUGAUCUUGUACAAAGGCUAACGGGGAAGAAUGCUGCACGUGAAGUCAAAGGGAAAAGGGCAAAAAAAGAAAGGAAGAAGAUAGAAACAUCACCACAACAACAACAACAAGAUCAACAACAUAUGAUGGUGAUGAACAUGUUGCAUCAAGAUAAUAGUACUAGUAAUAAUUAUAGGAUGAAAGAGGAAGAAAGUAGUAGUCAUGAAGAAGGUAUAUAUGGAAGUAUUGAAAAUUCAUCAAAUGGAUUUUUAAGUGGCUUUGGAUCAAUGGAAGGAUUUAUUCAAGACUUAGGUCAUGAUCAAUAUCCUCUAUUUCCUAAUUUCAAGCCUACUCAAAUUAAUAUGUUUGGUGAGAUGCCCCUUUGCUAAAUAUUUUCUUGAGAAAAAAAAAAAAUACUAUAAUUUUAACGAAUCAAUAUAUAGUGUGAGGGGGAUUGUGUGACCAUGAUCAAUGACUUCUUGAUUAUACUUUUUUU